AUGUCGGCCGUCGUAUCGCGCGCGGCCACGUGCGGGUCGCUCGCCCUGCCAUCCCGCCGAUCCCCGACCUACCGGAGACGCGUCGCGCCCCGAGGAACGGGCGCGCGUCGCGCGCGCACCGCGGUCGUCGCCGCGACGGGGGGCGACGAUGACAAGGACGGAUCGAAGGCUGACGACGACAUCGACUGGAAGGGGGUGUUCAAGGAUUCGGUGAGCGAGGCCAAGCGGCAGUUCAUGGAGCCGCUCAACUCCCCGGCGGACUACGUGGACAUGAUGGACGCGCCCAGGCGCAAGGAGCAGAGGGGGCAGAAGUACCAGGAGGAGUACGGCGCGCUCGACCCGUGGAGCUCCAACGCGUUCACCACGUACGGAUUCAUCGCGGUCGGGGUGCUGCUCUUCGUCUUCGUGGUCGUGAUCGGUCCGCCGCCGGACACCGGCGGAAGGUGCUCGCUCCCGUGGUGCUAG